CGCCUCCCCUCCCGCCACCCGCCACCCAGCUCUCUGGGUUCAGGGCAGGGGACCCUGACUCCGCCCAGCACAGCAAGCUGAGCGCCCGCAGGCUCCUGGCCCCAGUGCUCUCCCGCCUGGUGUGGCUGCUGCCGGGGUCCCUGCUGUCCCUCCCUCACGCCUCCCAACCAUGUCGCUACUCAGCUGGGGCUACGCGGAGCACAACGGUCCUGUUCACUGGAACCAACUCUUCCCCAUCGCUGAUGGGGACCAGCAGUCCCCCAUUGAGAUUAAAACCAAGGAAGCGAAGUUCGACUCUUCCCUCCGACCUCUUAGCAUCAAGUAUGACUCGAGCUCUGCCAAAAUCAUCAGUAACAGUGGCCAUUCCUUCAACGUUGACUUUGAUGACACGGAGGACAAAUCAGUUCUGCGAGGGGGCCCGCUCACUGGAAGAUACAGGUUGCGACAGUUUCACCUGCACUGGGGGUCCACGGACGACCACGGCUCUGAGCACGUGGUGGACGGAGUGAGGUACGCCGCCGAGCUCCACGUCGUCCACUGGAACUCGGACAAGUACCCCAGCUUCGUGGAGGCCGCUCACGAGCCCGACGGACUCGCUGUCCUGGGAGUGUUUUUACAGAUCGGCGAAUGUAAUCCCCACCUGCAAAAGGUUACUGACAUCCUGGAUUCCAUUAAAGAGAAGGGUAAACAAACUCGAUUCACGAAUUUUGACCCGUUGUCGCUGCUUCCGCCGUCCUGGGAUUACUGGACGUACCCAGGGUCUCUCACCGUGCCGCCCCUUCUGGAGAGUGUCACGUGGAUCAUUCUAAAGCAGCCCAUCAGCGUCAGCUCUCAGCAGCUGGCCGCCUUCCGCAGGCUCCUGUGCACCCCCGAGGGCCACGCGGCCGCCUUCCUGCUGAGCAACCACCGGCCCCCGCAGCCCCUGAAGGGCCGCCAGGUGAGGGCCUCCUUCCUCUGACAGCCGUGGCCGGGGACCAGCCCACACACGUCUGCGGAGAGAAAACAGGACCAAACAGGACACAGAAUCCCUCCCGACGGUGUUCCUGAGUUCCGGUCGGGGGUGCCCUGUGUUGUCAGCCGCAGCAGAAAAUCCGAUCCCUGUGACCACGGACCUCACUCCGGGCUGGGAUUCCCGCUCCCGGCCUCGGAGCCGGAAACUGCCACGUGUGCAGAACCACGAGAUGCGUCCACAGCCGCCUGCAGGGAACAGGGCAGCA